AGAUAUGUGGGAAAGUUGUACAUGGGCCACCGCCAUGGAAAGGGGAUUUACUACUGGCCUGAUGGUUCCAAAUUCACAGGAGCUCUUUAUCUUGGCCGUGUGGAAGGCUAUGGAACCCUGGAAUGGAAGGAUGGCAGAAAAUUUCAGGGGCUGUACAAAUCUGAUGAGCGAUUUGGACCAGGGAUUGAGAGCUAUCCAGGUGGCUGUCAAGACGUUGGCUUGUGGCUCAGAGAUCAUCUAAUUAAACUAUCUACUGAAGUACCUGGCUAUUUUUCUGUCUUGGAUUAUCCAGCGCACUACAGAUACAUCGAUGACAGAUCUCAGAAGGAGUAUGUUUCACUUGAGGAAGACCCAUUUCUUCGUCGCUAUAAACACCUCCCUUUUGAUGAUAAGGAUAUUUUACCUGAAGGAGUCUUUGCAUAUUCUCGUAACAUGGAUCAUCUUACUUUGACUCACUCCUUCCUGGAAGAGUGUGAUGCUCGGUGCUGUCAAGUGGAGUUCACUUCAGAUGUCAGCCUCAUUCUCAGUGGAGCCCGCAAUGCUUAUGGGCCUCCAGGCCCCAGAGAGCUUGCCUCAGAGCAGCUAAUUAAGAAGGCAGCAAGAGGAGACUAUGAUGGGGUCUAUGCAAUUCUGAGGAACGGGCUUGCUCAUCCAGACAUAGCUGACAAACAUGGAUACACGGCACUUGCUGCUGCAGCUGUUCAUUCCCAUAAUGAUGUUGUCAAUCUUCUUCUUGAUAAUGGAGCUGAUGUGAAUAAGUGUAGUGAUGAAGGUUUAUCUGCUCUCUCCAUGUGUUUUAUUCUCAUUUAUCCAGAAGAAUCUUUUAAGGGUAACAUUGCUGAGAGGAGCUUGCACAGUUACAAGUCACCUGUGAGACUGGUGAAGAUGCAGAGAACCUUGCUUAGCUUUCUAUCUGUCUCCAUGCUGCAACGACAGAAGAGAUGGGAAACAAUCCAGCUGCUGCUUCGUCGAGGUGCAGAUCCCAACGCAUCCUGGGCCCCACCACACCUUCUGUUCUUUGCUGUUAAAGCUGCAGAUACAGAAGCAGUGGAACUCCUCUUAAAAAGGGGAGCCAAGUCCGACGUGCGGCUUCCAUCGAAGUUAGGGGGGUUAACUCCUCUCCACAUAGCUGCCUCAAUUCCUGGUGAGGAAGGGGUCCAGAUAACACAGUACCUCCUGCAUUCUGCCCCAGAUCUUAAUGCAAGGGCAGAAGAUGGAAAUGAAAUAUACGGUCCAGACAAG